AUGUCGCUCUAUCUCAUCGAUGUAGUCGAGGAGUGCAUUACUCUGAAACCCGUCUCGAAUGUGCGCUAUAUAGCUCUAAGCUACGUUUGGGGUAACGUCAAAUCUACCAACUUAACCUCUGGAAACAUGGAGGAGCUUCGAAAACCUCGGAGCCUGUCAUCUGGAUCUCAUGUCGUUACUGUUCCGCAGACUAUUAGAGAUGCUAUGCGUCUGACCGCAGACUUGGACAUUCGCUACCUAUGGGUGGACUGUCUCUGCCUCAUUCAGAACGAUCCUAACAUCUCGUUCUACCUGAACCGAAUGCAUUUGAUCUAUGCCAACGCAUUCCUGACAAUCUUGGUGGCAAACAAGGACAACGCAAACGGCGGCAUCACCGGAUACGAUACCCGUUCGACUGGCCGUAUUCUACCUGGUCAAGUCAUAAACUAUCCAAACUACGUGCUUGGCAAGGGUGGAGAGACUCUAGGUGCCUUACCAUGGUCUUCGCGAGCUUGGACACUACAAGAGGGCUUUUCCUCUCGAAGGGUGCUAGUAAUCGACGACCGCAUUUGUCUCAAAUGUGUAGAGGACAUCUCAGAAGAGGGUUCAGAUUUUGGCUUCAAGCUCAGUGACAACCUGUCAGACAGAAUGGGAGGUUUUGUGCCAACCCUCUGUGAAGCCUCGCUGACUGAAUGGAAACCAAACUGGGGAGCAUUCUCACAAGUGAUCAAAAAUUUCGCGGCAGAAAAUUUCGCUCCUCGCGCAGUAUCGUACGACCAGGAUGCUCUAAAAGCGGUCUUGAUACGGAAACCAGACUGGGACGUAUACUCACUAGCGGCAAAAAGUUUCGCUUCUCGCGCAUUAUCGUACGACCAAGAUUCUAUAAAAGCGUUCCUAGGGGUCAUCAACUUCUUCACGAGCCUGGACGAUACGAGAUUGCUAUAUGGGCACCCGAUAUCAGACCUCUCGGCCAUUGGUGGCCUAGUGAAUCAUCAGAUGACUAGCGAGAAAUGCAGCAAGAAGGCGUCUCCGGAGCGAGUCAAGCCGGAAUAUCUUGACCCAUACCUGUACAUCCAAGCACAAAGAGCGCGGUUUGGUGUAUUAUCAGAGGAAGAGGAAGAUGAAGAGGAAGAUAAACUGGUACAAAUAGGCACACCGUUGAGCACUGGAGACACUACGAAUGAAGCGUUAAGAUCUCUGAUACCGCUGGGAACUACAAACGAUGCAGAGGAGACCAUUGUAGGCCAUAUGACUUUCGACCGCUGGCCUCCACAAUUUCUCUGGGACGAAGCUGGUACCUUGGAUUUCAUCGGCAUCUCCUAUGUUGAAGCUGGUUGGCUCAGCGACUCCGGACAGCCUGAAGUUCAGGCGCUCUGUGUCAUACCAGUCAACGGUAAACCAGGCGUAUUCGAGAGGCGGGGUGUAGCUACAAUCUUGAAGGACGUAUGGGAUCAGGCUGCUCAGUUCGACGAGAUCAUACUAGGAUAG